AUCCUCAUGCCAAGACACUGCGAAUAUCCAACAGCAGCUCCAUCAGCCACUUCCUCCUGCUGCCACUGGCAGACACGCGGCAGCUGCAGCUCCUGCACUUCUGCCUCUUCCUGGGCAUCUCCCUGGCUGCCCUCCUGGGCAACGGCCUCAUCAUCAGCACCAUAGCCUGCAGCCACCACCUGCACACCCCCAUGUUCUUCUUCCUGCUCAACCUGGCCCUCAGCGACCUGGGCUCCAUCUGCACCUCUGUGCCCAAAGCCAUGCACAAUUCCCUCUGGGACACAAGGACCAUCUCCUACACAGGAUGUGCUGCUCAGAUAUUCAGGGUCGUGCUGAGGAUCCCCUCUGAGCAGGGACGACACAAAGCCUUUUCCACCUGCUUCCCUCACCUGGCUGUAGUCUCUCUGUUUAUCAGCACAGGCUUUUGUGCCUACCUGAAGCCCCCCUCCAUCUCCUCUCCAUCCCUGGAUCUGUCCCUGUCAGUUCUGUACUCGGUGAUGCCUCCAGCCCUGAACCCCCUCAUCUACAGCCUGAGGAACCAAGAGCUCAAGGCUGCUGUGUGGAGACUGAUGACUCGGCAGUUUAGGUCACAUUAAGCUGCUGGCUGAUUACUGGUAACUACUUGUAAUAAAAGUCAACUUUGAUACUC